GCGUUUAAUUCUUGAAACUUUUGCUCGUGAUGGAAGAAUAAGUCAUUUAUUCAGAAUUUUAUCCUAUUUUCCAAGUUUUAUGGAAAAAUAUCAAGCUUCUUUUCGUAAGAUUGUUGAAGAUGUUAUUGGUCCUGUAAAAGCUGCAUCCCAACACAAAUGUCAAUACCUUGUAUCAUUAUUCAAACAUCAUUUUAUAAAUCAAAAUGGAGAUGCACGAUGGCUUGAUGGAUUACAAUACGCCUCAGAAAAAAUAAAAAGUUUAGCUAGAUUGAAUAUAAUUUUGGCACAUAAACCAUGGGAUCUUAGACCAAGUCAUAUAGAUGAUCUUAUAAAAGGAGCAAAUAAUCCUAAUGGUUAUUGGAAAAGAUCAGAUGUUAUUCAUGUUAUUUUAGUUAUGGCAACUUUUCAUAGUUUAAGUAGUUUCGUAAUGGGAUGUGGUAUAGUUCCAGAAUAUGAUACAAAAGGUGGAAAUUAUAUACCAUCAGUAUUAACACCAAAUUUAUUUGGAUAUGAUGAUUCGGAAUCUUCUUUUGGAAUUUUGGAUUUUGAUGAAAAAAUUCGUCCUGAUAUGGCUGCUGGUUUAGGUGUAAUUAUACCUGAUUCACCGGCUAAAACUUCUUCUGACUUAAAUAAUAAUGAUGAUCAUUCAUUAUCUAAUCAACUUAAUGAGUCGUCCUCUGUUACCUCGGUUGAUGAUGAUCAAUGUACUUUAAAUACUAGUCAAUUGAUUGAAAGGUUGAAAUGUAAACGCGAAGCUUCUGAUCUUGAUAAUGAAAACACCGAAAAUGAAGAAA